UUUUGUUCGCCUCCGUGGCGAUUAAAUGUGGUUCCUGUAAUUACACAUAUUUUUUAUCUUGGAUACUGCGUACGCGUAGUCCCUGUUUCUCUUUUAUUUUCAAAAUCGUUAUGAUUGGCGUAGGAGGAGUGUAAUAACUCUGCUCAGAGCCAUAUAUUGAAUGAAUGAAUGAAUGACUGAAUAGCUAGUCGAAUUAUUUUAUUUCUAUAUAUUAAUAUGUAAUAGGAGUUCUUUUGAUCUAACAUUGAAUUAUAUUGUUGGAAAAUGAAAAUUUGAGCAAAAUACACCGAGAAAAUUCAAAUAAAGUGUGUGUACACAGAAGACAUGUUCCAUAAAGUUUUGUAAUAAAAUCUGAUUCUGAAAUUGAAAUGAAUUCUGAAAUCAAUAUAAAGAUUAAUUUAAAUGACAAGAUGAGUACACAAAAUGAAACGUCAAAUGAGCCGAUACUAUAUGAAUUAUUGGAAUAUUUUGUACGAGAGCAAGAGCCAGAAUUAAUAAAAUGUAAAAAUGACACAGUUGUUCUCCCAGCUACUGGCACAAUAAAAAAUGCUCUAAGAUAUUUAAACAAUAGAUAUUCCUUACCUGAAAGCAUUUCCCAUCAAGUUAGUCUAACGCUAUCCUGGAAAUUUGCUGUUGGGGAUCAUGGUCGUGUACUUGCUAUCUUACAAGAAAAUAUUAUUGAAAUAAGAAAAGCCAAAGAUGAAUAUUCUUCCAUAAUAGGCAAGACAUCAGCCCCUAAAGAUGCCUUUCCACAAUGGCGUAAACUUGCAUGGAGUCCUGAUGGAAUGAUUUUAGUGCUAGCAUCUAGUACUGGUUAUACAUCUUUCUAUAAUAUACUGGGGAAUAAUAUUUUUAAUAUAAGCCCAAAGACAAUUUCACAGAAUCCUUACAUUUUGGAAGCUGGUGAUGCAAUAGCAUCUAUGCUAUUUCUUAAAACAAAUGCAAAAAAUGAAAAAUGGACUUAUGAAUUUAUUUUGAUUACAUACAGUGGACUUCUUAGAUCCUAUUAUAUUUCUACAACAGGCUUUAGUGCAAAUUAUGACUUUUCUUUUAGCAAUUUUUACAAGAAUGGCAUUAAUGCUGUUGUUUAUGAUGAGAAGCGUCAUUUGUUUUAUGUUGCUGGAAACAUGAUCACGCAAAAAUUGACUUCUACUGCAUCAGAAUCUGGGUUAACUUCAUGGCGACCUUUAAAUGACUAUCCAUACUGCAAAUUAUCAUUUGCAUUUGAAGAUUCAGUCAGCAGCAAAUCACGGUUUUCUAUUUGGAAUUUAAUUCCUAGUUUCAGCUUUCAAUUAGAGUCAGUUAUAUUCACGAUAAAAAUCUCACCUAAUGGCGAAUGUCUGGUAUGCUUGCAUACAGAUGGUUCAGUUUCAUUAUGGGGACUACCGAAUUUGAUAUUACAAAGAAAGUGGAAAUUGUCAGAGCAACCGGAACACAAUAUACCUAAUCCUUUAGGUCUUACAAAAUGUAAAAAGUUUCCACCAGGUUUUACAGAAUUUCAUCCAGUAGAUAUUGGUUGGUGGUCUGAUCAGGCCAUCAUAAUAGCUCGAUAUUCAGGAUCUACAUCAGUUUGCUCUGCAUGGUAUUUGAAGAAUUUAUUGGGUAUUAGUCCAGAAUUCUUAAUGGGACAACCACAAGUUUGUGAACUGGGAUCUGAGAAAGGAUUCUUAUGUUUAGAUUGUGAAACCUUCAUUACAAGUAAGAAACGAAGCAGGGAAUCUAGUGACAGUCAUUUACCAGAAGCAUCUUCAGAAAGCGAAAAAGAUGACGAUGAAUUAGAACCUAUGACAAUAUUAAAUUACACCACGAAUCUAGUUCAAAGUACACUGUAUUCAAUAACUGACAUCGAGAGGUUUCAACCGAAGAGGAAAAAAUUGAAAGUAUUACGUCGUACUUAUAGAAUUUUGGGCUUAAAAAGUACGACACCAGAAGAACUUUAUUCUAGGAAAAUAGACAUUGAGGAAUAUGAGGAAGCCUUGGCUUUAGCAAACACAUAUAAUCUGGAUACGGAUCUCGUAUAUCAAACACAGUGGAGAAAAUCAAAGUUAUCUUUGAAUGCUAUCGCAGAACAUUUGAGUAAAGUAAGCAAAAGAUCUUGGGUCUUGAAUGAAUGUAUUAUGCGCGUUCCCGAUACUAUAGAAGCUGCGAGAGAACUGUUGAAUUUUGGACUGCGAGGUGCUAAUUUGGAAACUCUAAUAGCGAUUGAUAUUUGCGACAACGAUAAAUUUGUGAUUCCCGAUGCAGAGGACGAUUGGCAAUCGUUGGAUGAAGAUUCUGCGACUUUGCGGCAGAUGCAGAAAAUAAACGAAAUGCUCGAGCAGGUAGACAUAAAUAACUUGUCAGAGGCUCAGAAAAAUUUGAUCAAAUAUCGAAGAAAGCUUUUGAGUCACUUGGAUAAAUUACUUACAUAUGAGAUUAUACUGCAACCACCUCUUCAGUAUGAAAAGGAAUUUUAUGAGAAGUUUCGAAGGUUAUCGGCUAUUGAAAAUGCAAUUAUAUUUGCUAAAGACGGAGAUUACCGUGGAGUUGAAAUUAUGUUUACUUACUAUGGAGAAAGUCUGAUACCUCAUUGGCUAGCAAUCAUCAGUUUUUUCCCGGAAACUUUAAAUCCGUCGGAUUACCAGAAGCUUUUACCAGAAUGCGAUUCUGAAGGUCAAUUGUUUUUAUUGAAUCAAUGUGAAUUACGACAAAAAGAUUGGUCGGAAAAACUUGAGUUCAACGAAGUGAUAAACUUGGAUGCUGACGAUCGAUCUGAAAUAUUGUAUGAAUUAGAUCCUUCGUUAUCAAUAUAUAAAAACACGCAGCUAACUCCGGAGCUGUUACAGAAGUGGUACAAGAUGCGUGCUUACGAAAUAGAAAAAAACAGCUCGAUGGUAGAUAAUGCUUUGCAACUAAUUAAGAUCGCAAAAGCUCAUAAAAUUAAUGGCAUGGAGGAUUUAUUGUUGGAUUUGGAAACGUUGGACGAUCUCGUGUAUAAGGUCUACUUAGAAAAUAUAUCGUUAUAUGAACUAGAAAAGUUGAGUAACGUGAAGAAGAUAAAACUCUUAAUGAGCACGUCGACCGAAUCGAACUUUGUUGAGAACAUAAGGAAUCUCUUGCUGCCGUUUAUCAAACGAAGACAUCAAUAUUUGGGCGGAAAUCUUGAGAAGCAUCUACUGAGCGAUUAUCUGAUUUGUUUGAGCAAAGAUGACUUGAUGCUUCCGGUGAAAUUUUUCAAAUAUUUAAAACUGACGCAGGAAGCGGAGAUAAUACAAAUGAUAGACGAUGUUACUAUCCUAGCGUUAGAUUGUAUAUGCGCUUGUGACGACCCUAAUAUGUAUGAAAAAGCGAGGGAGAUCUUAGAUUCGUUACCAAAUCAUGAUGGACAUAGAACAAAUGCAACGGGCAGCUUAGUGAAGGACGUCAUAGAUGAGCUCUUCAAGCUUGGAAAUGAACUCUAUUGUACCAAAGUCCUAAGCAAAUAUGAUGUGAAAACAACGUUGAAAUUUAUACGGAAACAUAAGAGUGAUCCCGUCGUUGCUGAAUCGCUAUUGAUUCAAAUGGCGAGAAGCUUAAAUAAUCAAUUUAUACCUUCAGAUGAGAACAAAUGGCAGCAAUUGUUAAGUGAUAUGUUGGUUUUACGCGGUAUACUCCCCUGUAUCGAAGUUGUUACCUGUUUUGAGAUAUACGUUUCCGCUCGUUUAGUCUCAGGAGUUAAAAGUAUCAUUCAGAAUUGCUCUACUUUGAUACAGACCAAGAGGAAUGAAAAAUCGCCGAUGCAUGUAUCCUAUGAGAAAGCAAUUGACCUGAUACUAGAAGCUACGAAAGAAUAUUUUAACAGCUCCAAAACACUCAACGAUCCAAACAUGGAAUUAGCUAAAGCUUGUCUUCUUCUUAUGGAAGACGAUAACGCGAAAAUUAAGGAGGAAUACGACCUCAUUAAAUCGCUCCAAAUUCUGAACGAAUUCAACGUUGAUAUAUUGCCUCUGCAAGUUAGAUUAACGGUAGAUAGACUAAGUCUUAUCGAACGUUGUUUAAAUAAUCAGAGGGAUGCUUAUAAAAGUCGGCAGAGAUUGUUAAUGUUGGCGGCUUAUUUACGAAUCGAAGGCAAUAAAAAUAAACUUCGCGAAGGAAAAGUUUUAGAACUAAUAGCCAAGAAGGCAGUUGAGACUGAAAAUUAUAGCACAUGUGCUACAAUAUGUACUCAAUUAACACAAAGUAAUUAUCUUCCUGCCUGGGAAAUUUGCCUGAAUCUGGGGCGUUGUGAUAAUUAUCAAGAUUUAAAAGUCAGGCAAAAAUGUCUGUGGUUUGCGAUAAACAAUGGUCCAAGCGAUAUAUUGGGUAAUGCCUUAGAACAUAUGUAUUUGAUAGAGAUACAGAUGCUACAUAAACAUUUGGAAUUGUGGAUGCCUUCUGUCGAAUUGGAAGGCUCCCGAGAUGAAGAAAGUGACGAGAGCGAAGAUCAUUUUACAGACGCUAUGACAACGCCGCAAGUAGAAGUGAAGGAAUUCGUACCGAAAAUGUUGGAAACUUCCACGGAGAUUGUUAAGAGCUCAGCUAGCAUCAUGAGGAAAUCAACAUUUCAUUUAAUCAAGAAUAUUAGCGACACUAGCUUUUGGAAGUCUAGACUGAAAUUUAAUUUUGCGAACGAUUUGGAAACUGAUGACCACUACGAAGACGCGGAAGAGCAAAAUGAGACCAGCGAAGACGCCAACCGCCAGAGUUUCCCAUGUUAUUACGAAUCUUUGCAUGGAGUAUGUAAGAAAAGUGCUAAUGAACCGAGAUAUAAUAAGUAUUCUAUGCCGGACAUAGAAAAUACAAAACUCAAAUGUUGCCGUGCGCUUUUGAGAAUAACCAUGCUAAGCGAAUCUUCCUGCUACGGAUUGGAAAUAAGCGACAUCGAUCAUUUACUCUUGGAAUGUGCGAAGCAUACUAUACAAGAUGAUUGGCUAUUAGGCAUGUCGUAUUUAUUAAGUUUAAACAAGGAUCACAUCAUGGAUGUUCAGAAGAUCUUCACGAAUCUACCACGAAACGAAUUGUAUAUACAAACCGCUCUCUAUUACUACUUGUUGAAGUUGUAUAAAAAACUGUAUACCGAUUGUGAGAAGCUGUAUUUAUAUAGUCCGUUGAAUUUAAUAACGAAGAUGACGGUCGUGGCACGAACGACCGAAGAAUGCGAUAUCGUUGAAGCACUACAAUAUUGGCAGAGUUAUUUGCUCGGUGGCGCGCAGGUUGCUAAAACGGAGGAGAUGGAGAAGAGAUACAGGAGUAUGCUGCAAGUAGAACAAAGUAGUACCUGUAUACGUCAUGAGGAAACUGCGAAGAAGUUUAUUAUUGAGGAACAAGAAUCCGUGGAGCACGUCGAUAUUAAUGAUACUCUGAUCGCAAACUCUGACGAAGAUGAAGAAUCGACCGGUGUUAUUGUCUCGAAUGAAAUCGAUAUCGUAGACGUCAAUAACACCCCGAUCGCAAACUUCAGUGAAAAUGGGAAUUUAAAUAAAAUCACUGCUCCAGAUGAAAUUGACACUAUAGGAUGGACAGAUGAUUGGGGUGAUUUCUCCGAUGAUAACAUGGAAGCAACUAGUGAUAAGGAGCAUAAAAUUAAUUCUGAAGAAACAAUGCGUGAAGAAACUGUGUCCUUUCUCUCUCCCAUUCAUGGUGUUGAUCAAUGUGUCACAGAGGAAGAUCGAUUUAAAUUAUUCCACAGACUAUUCAAUCAAAUCGAUCACUUAGAACGAUAUCGAAAACUGAAGAAAAUCAUUACAGAAUGGCCGAAAUUCAACAUGCCAGAUCAUAUCAGAUUAGAUAAUCAUCCGAUUCUAAAAAUGAUGAAAGCAAUAAUUCCGUUAAUCACGAAUGCGAAUGAGACGGAUUUCGAGAAGAGAAUAUUGCAAGAACACGAAGAGCUUAUCGGUUUAUUGGCGUCCAAAGAGAUACUUAGGCAAUUUGUAGAAGCCGAGCAGGAUCACAUUAGUUUCGAAGAAAGCCUUUAUAUAAGAUUAUGUUCUGACGAUGUGUCUAUGCAGAAAGAGGCAGUAAAUCUUAUCAAACAACGACAACAGGCCAUUACGUUGCUACCAUUGGUGCUAGAGAAACUUUUCCUAAACGACCUAACAGCAUUAUUUCCACCAAAUCACGCUAUAUACAAUCAGAUAAUCGAACAUGUUUUUAUGAAUGAAUCUUUAGUCGAUAUCGAGAAAAAUGCAAGAUCACUUAUACAGGAAUUGAAGAAACGGAAAUAUAUACUGGAGGCUUUGAAUAUUAUAAGAUUGAUGGAGAAAAUUCCGACGGCCUUAUGUACAUUCGAUGUUUGUUUCCAGCUGCUAAUGGAAGAUUAAGUAUGUAUUCCAGCUAUAAAAGAACUGUGAUUUAUGUUAUUAUCAAGCUCAUUUUAAACGGUUUAUUUAUGAGAUGAAUUAGUAUUGGAUGGAUUCUAUUUACGAAAGACAUACAUAUAUGUAUGUCUCAAAUGCUUAUGUGUAUAUUGUAUAUAAAAUUUGUAUUCAAAUGAUAUUCUAUUGCGGAUUAUAGGUUUAAAUUUA